AAAAGGGAACGGAGGGAGUAUUUAACAUGAAACAAGUAUUCAAUUCACACUGUCCUAAGUAAAUCAUUUUGGGUGUAGUUAUAUUUGAUAGGAUUUAAUACAAAUGAAAUGUAACAAGUAAUUUAAAAAAAUCAACCCCAAAUAAUUUAUUUUUUUACUUACAUAUUGAAUAAUUUCAUAUAAGCUAAAAGCCUAUAAGACCAUUUAUGGGAGUACAUCUGACAACCCGUUCUCCUUCACUGCCACAAACGCCUCCCCUAACUUCCAAAGGUUUGGAAACCCCCACCUGUCCACUGCCACUGAAAUCAGUUUUCACUAAUUGUCAUAAAUGAAGCAACAUAAGCAUAAAUCAUUUCUAACCUCUCUAUUCGAAAAAGGGAACAAAAGCAGGCAACUCAAAUUAGUAAACCUGAACCCUCUGCACCUCAUGCCCUUUACAGGCCAUCACAUGCAUGCAUAUUAAGAUAUACUCGAUCCAUCCCUUAAAACUUUGCCAAAUUUGAUCGGCACGGAAAAUAAUAAAGUAAAAAUUGUGUGGUUGAGAUUUGUGCAAAUGAGAGAAUAACAUGAACCACAAAUUAGUUGAUUAAAAGGGAACGUGACAAAGUUUUGGGGACAUCUCAUAAAGGAAAGUUUCAAGGGACAGAGAGACUGAGGGACAGAGGGAGUAUGAUACUGAUGUUGAAGCUUAUUUAUACAAUAAAUUUAUAAGAUUUUUUUUUUUGAAGAAAGAACCAACCUUAUUUUCACAUAUAAGCAAGAAUACAUUGUCACAGAAUAUAUGUCAGUAUAGAUUCACAACACAAUCACAACCUGCCAUGGCUAUAAGAAACAUAUUCUGAUCCUUGACUUAACUGUUGAGUUAUAAGCUUUGGUUAUUCUAGGCAAUCAUGGACUAACAUGAACAACACAUGGAUGGGGAGCAACCACUCUAAGAAACUCGUUAACUCUUUUAUGUGAAAGUUUAUGCAGCAAAGCCUGUGUGAAGAUGGAGCAUAGAUUAUGAAAUACCAGAAGAAUUGAUAGCAUGGCAUGCUUCAGGCAGCAGUUGAAGAAACAAUUAGAGUUGUGCUCGAGUCCAAACAUAGACUGUUUAAUUAGGACUUGCGUGUUAAUUGUGCUUGCUUCAGUUUCUACUACAAUUCAACACAAAAUGCACACAUAUAUGAUGGAAUAAUAAAUAAGCAUAGAGAAGUUUCCAAAAAAAAUCGGGAUUGCUAGGCCAUAUAAACAUGUGCCGUCAUCGCCUAGACCCAUCAAAUCAAUCCAAGCAAUACCAAGGCACCCUUUUUCUUAUGAUUAACAUCAUAGCAUACACUUAUUUUCCUUUUCCGAAAUCUUUGAAGGCAGUUAGGAGAAGAUCAAUGCCCAAAGACAAUACAAGAAUCAGUGUGUCAUAGAAACAUAAGGAAUUGUCCCAAUAAAGCCUGCAGGACAUAAACAGAUUUGAUCCUCUAAAUCAUGGGAAUAUUACAAGAAUCUAUAGAAGCCCCAAAGUGCAGUUUGGUAGACCAAAAUGUGAUGAUUACUCCAUCAGCCUCCUUUAAUGUUCACACUUUCUUUUUACUACUUCAUUUCUAAACAAAUCUCAACCACAAAUAUUAUUUGGUGUAAAUUUACGUUUACAUUAAACACAUAGAUGUGGUUUCACUCUGUAUUAGUGUAUGAGGCUCAGAGUACAAGUUUUCUAUCAAAUUACCAACACAAGCACAACCUGCCAUGGCUGCAAAGGAAAUUGCCGUGCCAAGAUACAGGUGGCCUGAAAGACUUGCUUCUUUUUAUCACCCAAAAAAAAAUGAUCAUCACUGCCUCAAAUGUGAAGAAUCUGGUAUCAGGCAUACAGUUUUCCCAGACAUUCAAUAUAACUAAUGUAGUCCCUUUGUCUGAAAAGAACCAAUAUAUUGCAUUUAUGCGAUCUAAUAUCAGUAGACAUUCAAAAAAACAGGGCUGACAGAAAAUUUGUUUAGUAGUGCAUCAGAUAUGGAAUUGUUACCGUAGAUGCAAAAAUUUAUUAUUGAUAAAAAUAUGAAGUGAAAACUUUGUUUCAUAUUUGAUACUUAAAUUUUGUUUGAAAAUAUAUGAUAAGGUUUGAAGUUGAAGCAAUGAAGACUGAAAUGUCAUAGUAUCAUGUCAUUGUAAUCAAAUACUCCGUAUAAUUACUCCCCCCGUCCUGCUAUGAUUGUCUCAUACCAAAUUUGGUAAUGUUUGUAUGACUCUAAAUGGUUCAUACUUUAUUCUCAUUUUAUCAAUUCAAUAUCAACCACAUAAUCUCACUUUUCUAGGUAGCCGCACUGCCUCUUCUUAUACCAAUGUUCUCUUUGUCAAGAAAGAGAAGAAGAUAUUCGAUCUCAUUGCUUCUUAAUACAUGAGGCUCAGAAUACAUUUUGUCUUUCAGAAUAGCACAACCUGCCAUGGCUGCAAGUAAACAAUUGCCACGCCAAGAAACAGGUUGCUAAAGCAUCUGAUUUUAUUUUCUUAUAACAAAAAUUAUCAUCAUCGACUCAUGUUUGAAUAAUAUGGUAUAAGGCCUUCUGGCUAUCCCAGAAAUUAAAUAUAGGGGGUGUUUAGAACUGAUUCUACUUCUUUUUUAAAGAAGAAACAGAAUCAGAAUAUGUUUAGAAGUUGGUCCCCAACUCCUAAAAAACUGCUUCUAGGAGUAAAUUACUUCCACCCAGAAGCAAUUUUAAGAAUCAGAUCCAAACACACAAUAAUAUACUACCUCCGUCUCAGAAUAAAGAAUGAUCAUCGUUACAUGACCAUAUAGGGCUGUUGAAUUAUAAGAUCACAGUGUUUAGGGCAAAUUGGUGAAAUCAUAGGCUGUAUUGAAUAACACAUGGAAGGGGAGCAACCGCCCUUUAGAACUCAUUAACCCUUCUAUGUGUACCCAAAAAGCCUCAAUCUUUGAUACCACCAAAUCCAUGGAAUGUAGGAUGAAGUACUUACAAAACUGCAAUCCAGACAUAAAUACAGCAUCAACAUCAGGAGUACAUGACCGGUGAUAAAUGAUCGACAAUGGAAGCUCAGACAAAGCUUAAUAAUAAGCAAAGAGAAACAUCUGACACAGUCAUGGCUGCAAACACACAAAACACGUGAGAAAUUCAAUCUGGUAAGUGUGUUGCCCCGCCAAGAUACGGGUCGGGUAACCCUAAUGCCGAUUAAUCGGCUCAAGAGAAUGAAUUAUCAUCAUCGCCCCUCUAUAAACAAACCGACCGCUGCCGCCGGCAUGACGCUGAUGUGCGCCAAAGAACUUCGAUAUAUGUUUGUGUGUGUGUGAAAUAUGAAAUAUAUAUAUAUACAUAUAUGUACGUAUAAAAACGUUGUUCUCUACGAGAAACGGAGGGCUGUUGAUUACAAAUUGUUUUGGUCGCGGAAAAUCAAUGGCUAGCAGAGAGAGGCAACCACCCUCAAAGAAAUCCCAAUCUCAAAUCUGCAGCCUCCUCAUUCUUUCUUCUCAGCUCUUUACGCAGUUGUCGACGUUAGUCAGUGU